UUGUGCAAGUUCGUCCUCCUCCCAAACCAUCUGAGAGAAACACAGCAACAAAAAUGGAUAAGAAAAGCAAAGCCAACAGAGUUCAUUGUCUGGUUUUAGCAUAUCCAUCUCAAGGUCACAUCAACCCUAUGCUUCAAUUCUCCAAGCUUCUGCAACAUGAAGGUGUGAGGGUAACAUUUGUCACCACUGUUUUCUACUGCAAGAACAUGCAGAAACUGCCAACUGGUAUUUCCCUUGAGGCCAUUUCUGACGGUUAUGACAGUGGUAGAAUUGGAGAAGCAAAGAGCUUAAGGGUCUACUUGGAUAGCUUUUGGCAAGUUGGGCCAGAGACUCUUGUUGAGUUGCUAGAGAAGCUUUCUAGAUCAGGCUACCCAAUUCAUUGUCUUAUUUAUGAUUCAUUCAUGCCUUGGGCUAUGGAAGUUGCAAGGAAAUUUGGGAUUGUUGGGGUAAGUUUUCUCACUCAAAAUAUGGCUGUGAAUAGUAUAUACUAUCAUGUCCAUUUGGGAAAGUUGCAAGCUCCCCUCAUAGAGAAUGAGAUUUCACUUCCUUCUUUGCCCCAACUUCAACUUGCAGACAUGCCUUCUUUCUUCUUUAACUAUGCAGAAGAUCCUGCUUUUCUUGAUUUCUUAGUAGGUCAGUUUUCUAACAUUCACAAAGCUGAUUGGAUCCUCUGCAAUUCCUUCUACGAGCUGGAGAAAGAGGUAGCUGAUUGGACGAUGAAGAUCUGGCCCAAAUUUAGGACAAUAGGGCCUUCUAUUCCACCCAUGUUCAUCCACAAACACAACAAAGAUGAUGAGGACCAUGGUGAUGCAGAAGUCACAAGUGAAGAAUGCAUCAAAUGGUUAGAUGAAAAGACAAAAGGGUUAGUUGUUUACGUUUCUUUUGGGAGUAUGGCAGUACUUGAUGAGAAGCAAAUAGAGGAAGUAGCUCAUGGUUUGAGAGAUUGUGGAAGAUACUUCUUGUGGGUGCUUAGAGCCUCUGAAGAGAUGAAGCUCCCGAAAGGGUUUGAAAAGAAAUCAGAGAAGGGUUUGGUAGUGAGAUGGUGCUCCCAGCUAAGAGUUUUAGCACAUGAGGCAGUGGGGUGCUUUGUAACUCAUUGUGGUUGGAACUCUACAUUGGAAGCGUUGUGCUUGGGAGUUCCAAUGAUUGCAAUGCCACAAGAGGCAGACCAGAGCACCAAUGCUAAGCAUAUUGAAGAUGUUUGGAAAGUGGGAAUCAGAGCUUCUGUUGAUGGAAAACAUGUUACAAGAGAAGUGUUGAAGCAUUGUAUAAGGGAAGUGAUGGACAGUGAAAGGGGCAAAGAGAUGAAGAGAAAUGCCAUGCAAUGGAAGACUUUGGCUGCUAGUGCUGUUGGUGAGGGUGGAAGUUCUCGUACAAACAUUUCUGAAUUUCUCAAUACUUUGUUCCAUUUGCAAUAGUUACUUUGUUUGAUGAUGACAGAUUUUUGGGUUCACCCACUCACAAACAACUUGUGUUGAUAAAAUUGAGUUGAAUUUUUGAAAAAAAAAAAGAAAAAAUUAGUUACUGUUGUUGUAGAUCCGAAGAAAAGAGCUAUUUAUCCAUUUCCAUUUAC